CCAAUCAGAAGGUGGCUACUCGAUGCGCGAAAGAUCGGCGCGUUUAAGCGCGUAUCACACGGUAUCCGUUCGCUGCUGUUGUUGCUGCUGGUUGAACGCGAAGUAAAUAAUGGCGGAACCGUGUUUUGUUAUUAAGUGUGGACGAUAAUGGUUAUUUGUAUCUUGGCACGCGUACGAAACGUCGGUUCUGUUUGAAAAAAAAAGCGAUGUUCCGAUGCGUUUUCGUCGCGUUGCGAAUGUAAGGCGAUUCUGCUCGCAAUUAUAUCGCCAAGAGACACGAAAGUUUUUGCAGUAGAGUAAAUAGCAAUAUCUUUAUUAUAUAUAUAUAUAUACACACACACAUACACACACGUAAAUAUAUCUCUCUACCGCGAAUUCUUCAACGUUACGAAACUAACUCGCGCGAAUCAGCUUUCCCACCGCAAAUGGGAAAGAUGAACCAGAGAUUUAUCAGACGGCAUAGACGAGUCGGGAGGUAUUUUUGACUAAUGCCUCUUCCAUAUUCUCGUCUUUUCGUAAUGUGAAAGUGGAUCGACAUAUGUACGUGAUGCUCGCCCACCGUACGUGCAUGCAUUUAACUUGUGCCUGAUACAGAGUUCCCGAUUUUUCUUAUUCAUCAUGGUGCACGGUGCGAUACCGAGUGCGUACAAGUACAACUUUUGGGCGGAGAGGACCGGGGAUGCACAGGAGGCCUCGGUGGUGGAGCUCACGUGCCUCAUGCCAAACGGUGUUGUCAUUCCGUUUGAAAUCAAUCGCAAUAUUACCUUAGAUCAGAUCAAGGAGGAUCUAUGGGAUGAGGCUAGUAAGUACCCACUUCAUGGAACAUUAAAAGAUGCACCGUCAUAUGUAUUCUCGUGCAUCAACUCAAAUGCAGAGGUAGAAGAAUUACGGGAUGAAACAAGACGUCUCUGUGAUAUAAGGCCGUUUUGUUCAGUGUUAAAAGUUAUAGAACGUGAAGGUAUAAAAAGCGAUAGGAAUUUAGAUUCGCAAAUUGGUCUCUUAAUCGGUAAAGGUCUGCAUGAGUUUGCUGCUAUGAAAAAUUCUGAGGUCAAUGACUUUAGAUGGAAAAUGCGUCUCUUGGGGGAUGAUGUAGCUUUAGGUAGACAGAAGAAAAGCUGGAUAGAAAAAGUGCAUUAUCAGUUCCCAUCCAGAAUAGCACCAGCACCAAUUGUACCUAAAAAUAUUGAAACUCGUUUGAAAGAUGGAAAUAUUGUUUUGGUUACUAAAUUUGAAAACUCAGAGACAGCAUUUACCUUUCAAAUAGCACAUACUACUACACCACCUGAAUUACUCGAAAUAAUCUUGAACAAGAGAGCAAAUACUCUUAAUACUCGGGAUGAACACCCAAACGAAUUUACGCUUAAGAUUUGUGGACAGGAGGAGUACUUGAUCGGUGACAAGACUCCGCUUAUACACUUUAGUUAUAUUCAAGAUUGCUUAGCGAAAGACAUCACACCGACGCUAGUUACGCUCAAGAAAACGAGCGUACCCGUGGACAAAGAUAACGCUAACGACAAUCCAGAGGUAGAUACCUUGCAGCGUACGAAACCAUCAUCUUCCACGUUAACGCUGCGCAAAAAGGGCAAGCAUAUUUCGGCGUGGAAACUUGAGGAGCCUUUUGUUUUUACUGUGAAUGGAAUUUCCCGACUAAAUUGCGAUGCCGCUCAUCGUACUGUAGAAAUUGGACUGCAAGCUGGUCUUUUUCAUGGUGGAAAAUCCCUUUGUGAAAGUCAAAAAACCAAAGAAAUUAUUGUAAAUCCCGAUGGGUGUUGCGAAUGGGAAGAGACUCUUAAGUUCGACAUCAAAGUCAGAGAUAUACCACGAAUGGCACGGCUGUGUUUUGUAUUGUAUGAAAUUAGCAAGACUGCAAAAGGGUUAAAGAGCAGAAAAUUGGUUAGGGAUUCAAAGCAAGAGUUCUUUAUAAAUCCUUUAUGUUGGGCAAAUACAACGAUAUAUGAUUUUAAAUCUCAAUUGAAAACUGGUGCUAUGACAUUGUAUACAUGGACUUAUGCGGAAGAUAUACAAAACGACGAUUUACUUCAUCCUCUCGGGACAGUGGUUUCGAAUCCUCAUAUAGACAGGGCGGCCGCUCUCAUGUUAACCUUUCCAAAUUACGGAAAGGAUCAAUGUGUUCUUUAUCCUACACCAGAGAAAAUGGUUGAAUAUGCCCAAACUUUGCGGGAACAAUCAAACGAACGCUCGGUUAAAGACGAAUUGAAUCAAGAGUCCGAUGUUAGUCAACAAUUGGAACAAUUGAGAUUACUAGCUGACCGGGAUCCGUUGCACGAAUUGCACGAACAAGAAAAAAAGACAAUGUGGAUGUUGAGGCAUCAUUGCCUUCGCGAAAUUCCGACACUUUUAGCUAAGUUGUUACAAUGCGUAGAAUGGAAUGAUCACAGAGAAGUCGCGGAGGCUACGGCACUUGUACAACAAUGGCCGAAGUUGCCGGCGGAGAAGGCUUUGGAAUUAUUGGAUUAUGCUUAUGCCGACCAAAACGUUCGAAAUUUUGCGGUUCGUUGUUUAAAGGAUAUCACCGAUGAUGAUCUCAGUCUUUACUUACUGCAGCUUGCUCAGGCUUUAAAACAUGAAAAUUAUCUAGCAUGCCCUUUGACGGAGUUUCUCUUGAAACGAGCACUUAACAAUCAAAGGAUAGGACAUUAUUUAUUUUGGCAUCUUAGAUCAGAAAUGCAAGUCGGUUCAGUGUCAGUUCGUUUUGGUCUCAUAUUGGAAGCGUACUGUAGAGGAAGCCAACAACACAUGAAAUCGCUAUUCAAUCAGAUGAUGUGUUUGGAUAAAUUGAGGAGUGUCUCGGAACAAGUGAAGCAGAAGAAGGAUCGUAAAACAGCUCUUCAGGGCUUUCAGGACUUUAUUCAAGAACCGCACUGCCAAGAAGCGAUAUCCAAUGUCUUUAAUCCUCUCGACCCGAGUUUCAGGUGGAAUCGCAUCAAAAUUGAAAAGUGCCGGGUGAUGGACAGUAAAAUGCGACCACUCUGGCUAGUUUUCGAGAACAGCGAUCCUUUCGGCGACGAUAUCUACUUAAUUCUCAAACAUGGAGAUGACUUAAGGCAAGAUAUGUUGACACUUCAAAUGCUACGUAUUAUGGAUAAGCUAUGGAAGAAGGAAGGCUUGGAUUUGCGUAUGAAUCCAUAUGGUUGUAUAUCUACAGAGAAUAGAGUCGGGAUGAUAGAGGUAGUAUUAAAUGCAGAAACGAUAGCGAAUAUCCAGAAGGAGAAAGGCACGUUCUCUGCGACAGCGGCCUUCAGGAGAGGUUCUUUGCUAGCUUGGCUAAAGGACCACAACCAUACAGAACUGGCAUUAAACAAAGCGAUCGAAGAAUUUACUUUGAGUUGCGCGGGAUAUUGCGUCGCGACUUAUGUUCUCGGAAUAGCCGACAGACAUUCUGACAAUAUAAUGGUCAAGAAGACUGGACAGUUGUUUCAUGUCGAUUUUGGUCAUAUAUUGGGCCACUUUAAGGAGAAGUUUGGAUUUAGACGUGAACGCGUACCCUUCGUUUUGACCAAUGACUUCGUACAUGUUAUAAAUAAAGGCCAAACCAAAAAGGGUCACGCCGCCGAGUUUCAAAGAUUUCAGAGCUAUUGCGAGCAAGCCUUUUUGAUUUUGCGUCAACAUGGGGGACUUAUAUUGUCUCUAUUUGCUAUGAUGAUAUCUACCGGAUUGCCUGAACUCUCAUCGGAGAAAGAUUUAAAUUAUCUUAGAGAUACUUUGGUUCUGGAAAUGUCCGAAAAUGAAGCGCAAAAACACUUUAGAAGCAAAUUCGCCGAGGCUCUCUGCAAUUCGUGGAAAACGUCGUUAAAUUGGGCGUCGCAUAAUAUGUCCAAGAAUAAUAAAACCACGUGAAUGGCGAUGACAAUUGCAUUUUAAGCGAUGAAUCUUGAAAGCACUUACGAAUGCAGUUAUGCGAUAUCAUUGAAUAGUGCGCGUUAUCAAUGUUAAGAUGUACAUUCUGAUACAUUUGUGCACAUCGCGAUUGAUUGCCUGCUUGGACUAGACAUUUGUGAACUAGAAUAAAGACUGUCAUUUCUGUAAAUCCGACACUGUCGUUAGGAUUAGAAAAUUGGCGAUCGCGACAUACAAUUGAGACUGUAUAAAAUCGAUGGUUGCUGCAGCGUCAAUGGACUACUCGAGAGCUAGUUCAGUGUAAUUCGAUAGAAUUUUUCAAACUCGAAAAUACGUUAGGCUCACAUGAUUUUUUGGAGCCUUAUUACUCUACGCAGCACGAAUAGUCGAUGCCGUAUAUAUAUGCCUACGUUCGGUGUAGUAAAAUAUGUACUUCAACUACGGACGUACGGUACAUAUCACUAAACAGGAUUUUUUUUAAGUUUCGCUCAGCUAAAGUCUAGUUUAAAUUUGAAAUCCGUCGAGCGAUCUUAAAUUUGAAAUCAUGUAAAAUUAGAAACUGAUUUAUUUAGUUAAAAAAUUGUUCUCAAAAUAUUUAGUGACGCCAAGGGGUUUGUGUGAUGAUUGAUACAUGCGAAUCCUUUGCUCAUAAUAUGAAAUAAACCGUAAAAAUCUUACAAUUAUCUUCGUUAACAUAAAGAUAUGCUGAUUUUGAUUAUAAAAACAUAAUAAAAUAAAAACUUUCAAUUUGUCAAAUGUGAUACGAAAGAAAUGCAACAUACGCGUCACAACGUUUUUUACAAUUCAAAAAGAAGCUUGGUGAUUGUUUCGAUAAUAGACGAUACGGUUUCUUCCGCAGCGUCUAUUAGCAAUGACAGUGUGUGAUAACCGAAAGCAAUAUCUAUUUUGCGAAACUGACACGACGAAACAGAAUCGAUGAAAAUAUGAUCGAUCUCGAACGAUCUUGAUUUUGGAUAGCCAAGUAUUUCUUUUUUAAAUAUCGAUUAAGCGCGAAAUUAACUACAGUGAUUUGCAUAGGUGCACUGCCGACUGAAAAUAUUCUUUUUUUCUCAUGUUCAAGAUUUAUUUCUUAUUUGAAAGCAAAAAAAAAGAUAUUUCAUACCGAUGACAAGUGAAAUCUUUCCUAAUUAUUAUAUCACGCUUGCGCGCACGCGGUAUCGUGUUUCAGAUAUAUACAUAUAUAGUUAUAUAAAAACGCGAAA